CCAGAAACAGAGUUUGUCACAUUUAACGCAUUCAUGCUUCGUGUUGAGCCAUGUUAGAUGCACGCCAUGUGCUACAGCUCAGCUUGCUUUGGCUGGCCUGGAUUUGUGCUGCGCAGACUCCAGGUGUUUCACCUCAAAUCAACAUUUACUCGGAGGAUGCAGAGGACUUCGCCAGCGGGGUGCCUUUCUACCAGUGGCUUAAGCAUGUGACAAUUCAGGUGCCGAAGCCGACUGGGCCCUUGGGGAAUCCCUUGCAACUAGAUGGAGGCAAUUGCAGCCAGAUUCGCAUCAACAGUCUUGAUGCCCAGGACUUGACAGUGACAGAUUUGACGCCUGCCUUCUCCCUGCACAUCUCAGCACAUUUGGAAUGCACCUUACUGUUAAGUGGGGGCUCCUUAGCCAUUGGCUUUGCCAUUGACAACGCCACAGCAGACCUGGCCUUCCUGGUGCAACCGGUCGAAGCACCUGGCAGUUCUGGCCUCUUGGUGCCCUUGGGGAAGGUGAAAGUGACCAGGUGCAAAAUCUCUAUCAUCAUGAGCAUGCUACGCUUCACGGGCUCUUCACCUUUGAAUGAGGCUUUGACUCAGCUACAUCCAGCCUUAGAGCAGUUCAUCAAUGAGGAGCUGCCGGAGGUCGCUUGCUCGCAGCUGGAGCCCCUGAUCGAAAAGCAAGCUUCGGCCACGUUGGCCGCCAUGCUGAUUCAGCUCGAGCCCUUCCUGCGGAAGCAUCCGCCUUUGCCCCCCGAGCCGACCCGUUCGGGAAUUCCUUUGGUGGACUGGGAGACGUAUCCACCUGCUCACUUGCUCCGUUCAUUGGCCCAAAGAAGACCAGCGCAAGUGGCAUCAGUGAUACAGAGGAUUUCCACACAAGAAAUUCCCCUGAAGAUGCUGGGGGUGAAUCGUUCCGUGGCGAUCGACGCUGUGGGAACGACGCUUCGCAGCUACAUGCAGGAGCUGAGGAUCCAGGGGCUCAACAGCUUCGUCGCAGGAAGUCUUGCAUUACUGGGUUCAGGCCAACAUAUCACCGGCGCUGCCGCCUUUGCAAACCUGAGCUUCGCGGUGCGGCUGCAGGCGCAGGUCCGCUCGGUGGACCCAUCGAAGAUGAAACAAGCGACGCCGCUCCUGGAAACCUUCGAGGUUCAACUACACUUGGGCAGUGUAACAGCACGAGCUGAGAUUUUGGCCAUGGUCUCGCAAGAAGCUGUGGACAAGAUGCAGGUGGAUCAAUUUCAGGAAUUCGAUUGCUUGGUGGCCUGCGCUCGCAGCGGAGCUGCGUUGGGCUCCGAGGCGCCGGUGGCCUUGCGGCGCUUGCAGAUCCUGAACAUGACGGCGCCCACGGCCAGGGUCCUGCCAAGAGGAUCUUUAGAUGUUGGACUGGCCGAUCUGUGCACCACUCUUUUGCGAGUGAUUUUGCAUGGCUAUGUGCCUUCCUUCGAAGCCAUCAUCCAGUCCUCGGUCACCAUGUUGCACGAUGCCAUGAACUCCGUGGUGAAACAGGUCUUGGAAGUGCAACCUCCCUGUGAACAGACUGAAGUGUAUUUUGGUCCUGAGAGCCGUGUCAACCUCGCGCUUUUGCUCCUGGCCUCCUUGACGGCAUUGCUGGGUCUUUUGGCUGCUUCGCCUUUUUGGUCGACCUUUGCAUGGUGGGACGUUGGCAAAGUGGAGGAUGAAGAGGAAUCCUCCCAACAACUGUCACAUGCACAGGAGUCACCAUCCCUAGCCAGACAUCCAGCUGUGUCCCAGAGCUUGUCGAAAGCCUUUCCCUUCUUCAUUGUCUCAACAAUGAUCCUCUUUGUUUUCUCGGACCUUGGCUUGGGCACUGUGGUGAACAUCGUCUUUGAAGCGCAGGGUGAAACCACCACCAUUGGCCCAGCCUUUUCUUUCUCAGUCUUGACACUCUCCAGAGAUAGCCUGAAAGGAGGAGCCUGGCUUAUCGCCAUCUUAGUGAUUGGGCUGAGCGGAGUGUGGCCUUUUGUGAAGCUGGGCAUGUUGCUUUGGGCGUGGCUGGCGCCCACAAGGUCCUUGAGGAGAAGCCAGAGGACCCAGCUACUGGUGUUUUUGGAUGAGUAUGGCAAGUACAGUUUAGUGGACAGCUGGCUGGCCAUUUUGGCGUUGUGCGCCUUCGACAUCAAAUGGAAGAGCGAGGAGGCUUCCGUGAAUGUGAUGCCAGUUCCAAUGCUUCCCUUUUUCACCUUCGUUGUGGCCAGCGUGUUUUCCUUGGUCUUGGGCCAUGUGGCAACUGUCUACAACCGGAGGUCUUUAGCUGUGGCGCCAUUACCCAGAUCGCUCAGCCGGGAAUUACAGGAAGAAGAACUUCAUGUGCUCUUCGAAGAUCUUCCACUCAGACAAUCAUGGCAACUCUUGCUUUUGACCCUUUUCUCUGGACUCAGUUUGCUGGUGUCGUGUUUCCUAAGCACCAUCCAAUACCAAGUCUCAGGUGUGAUUGCUGAUUUGUUGCUCGAGGAGGAACAGAAAGAACUCUCAUAUAGUUUGAUCACACUGGGGAGUUUCCUCACCACAGGCUUUGAAGCUUCAACAGGCCUGCGAACGGUCCAGUUCAUUUUCUUUUCCUUUACCGUGGCCAUCCCGCUGGCACUCGUGGGCACCCUACUGGCCUUGCUCCUUUGGCCUAUGACUCGGCCUCAGCAAAAGCGUUUGCUGAAGGCUUGUCAUGUCCUGGAUGCUUGGGCUGCAUUCGAUGUCUUUGUCCUGGCAGUGGUGGUGGCCAACUUUGAGUUCUGGCUCUUGACGGAAUUCCUGAUGUAUCAUGAUAAUAUUGCCGCCGCAUGCCACUGGGUUCACCAGAACUUAAACGCGGAAUGUUUGGCCAUGCAAUGUCACGUGCUCCCGGGAUUUAUUCUGAUGGCAUUUGCUGGGAUUGCUUCAUAUCUCACUCCAAAGAUCUACUUUCAGCUUUGUGAAGGUACCAUCGAAGAGAGAGUACUUUCCUCGUCGGAUUCUGAAGAAGAGCCGCUUCAGACGCUUCAGAAGUUGUGACGUGCGCCAAAACAGAAUAUUUAUUGGAGGAUGAGUACUCAGGCAAAAGCAAUUUCCAUGAACUCUUGCAUGUUUGCGCCAUUCCCACCUUGCCAAACACAUGUUCCAAAUGAAAACC